GGGCGAAGGUGAAGAUCGGCUCCUAGGAUGAGUGAAGGGGCGGCCGCUGCCUCGCCACCUGGUGCCGCUUCGGCAGCCGCCGCCUCGGCCGAGGAGGGCAUCGCGGCGGCUGCGGCGGCGGCGGCGGCGGGCGGGGGCCCGGACGGCGGCGGCGAAGGGGCGGCCGAGCCCCCCCGGGAGUUACGCUGUAGCGACUGCAUCGUGUGGAACCGGCAGCAGACGUGGCUGUGCGUGGUGCCUCUGUUCAUCGGCUUCAUCGGCCUGGGGCUCAGCCUCAUGCUCCUCAAAUGGAUCGUGGUGGGCUCCGUCAAGGAGUACGUGCCCACCGACCUGGUGGACUCCAAGGGAAUGGGCCAGGACCCCUUCUUCCUCUCCAAGCCCAGCUCUUUCCCCAAGGCCAUGGAGACCACCACCACGACCACUUCUACCACGUCCCCCGCCACCUCUUCCGUCGGCGGCGCCGCCUCCUCCAGGACGCCCAACCGGAUUAGUACCCGCCUGACCACCAUCACGCGGGCGCCCACGCGCUUUCCCGGGCACAGGGUGCCCAUCCGGGCCAGCCCGCGCUCCACCACGGCACGGAACACUGCGGCCCCUCCGACGGUCCUGUCCACUACGGCCCCCUUUUUCAGUAGCAGCACGCCGGGCUCCCGACCUCCAGUGCCAGGAGCCCCCAGUACACAGGCGAUGCCGUCCUGGCCCACUGCGGCAUAUGCCACCUCCUCCUACCUUCAUGAUUCUACUCCCUCCUGGACCCUGUCACCCUUUCAGGAUGCAGCUGCCUCCUCUUCUUUCUCCUCCUCUUCCUCCUCCUCCUCCUCCUCCUCCACUACCACCACUACACCAGAAAGUAGCACCAGCCCCAAAUUUCAUACGACAACAUAUUCUACUGAGCGGUCGGAGCACUUCAAGCCCUGCCGUGACAAGGACCUUGCAUACUGUCUCAAUGAUGGAGAGUGCUUUGUUAUAGAAACCCUGACAGGAUCCCAUAAGCACUGUCGGUGCAAAGAAGGCUACCAAGGAGUCCGCUGUGAUCAAUUUCUGCCGAAAACUGACUCCAUCUUAUCAGAUCCAA